AACAAGCUGUUGCUGUAGUGACUGAUAUUAACAUGCUCAGGGUGUUCAAGACUUUUCUUGAGACCACGCCACAGCUUUUUGUCCAGAUUUACAUCCUCAUGGAACAUGGCAAAAACAAUUACUGUCAAUAUGCUGCCAUUAGUAUGUCCUUUUGUGGUACCUCCUUUGCAAUAGUUGAUUAUCAGAUAUAAUUACAAAAAUCUCUGCCUGAUAAAGAUGAAUUUUGUGUGCUUCCCAAGUUAGCGUAUCUAUUCUAUAAACUGCUUACCAUCACUUCUUGGAUACUCAAUAUUUCACUGAUCACUCUGCUAAGUGUUAGAAGUUCUGUAAUUCUGCUGAUAUUUCUUUGGAUCUGUGGCUUCACCUGGAUUUCGAAACAACAUAUGAUGUUUUGCAAAUCUAAGAAGAUGGAGCAUCUCUACCGAACUGUUGGUGGAAUAAUUCUAAUUUUUAAAUUUUUUAACAUAAAGGGAGAAAACCAAAAAGUUCGCAUUUCUAUUUAUUAUGCUACUUACACUGUUGUAACUCUAG